CGGUAGAUACUUACUCAUUAACCAACACCAGGCAGCCAUUCUCAACGAAAGAGGAAGAAUUGCGCUAAAUUGAAAAAGCUUGGGUACAAAAAAGUUUUGUUUACUUCAUAAAAACUGGUAGAAAUUAUGACUGGAUUUUGUUACAAGGAAAUAAAUGGCGACUUGUUCAGUGCCCAGAAAGACUAUUCGUUGUGUCAUUGCGUGGCAGCUGACCUGAGGAUGGGAAAAGGAAUUGCGGUGAAGUUCCGCAACAAAUUCGGCCAGCUUUUAAACCUGCAAAAACAGAAUGUACAGCCAGGAGGUGUAGCCAUUCUCCAGGACCAACAGCGUUAUGUGUACUAUCUGGUGACCAAGAAAACCAGUUGGGGUAAGCCCACCUACGAACUCCUCUACAGCUCCUUGUUGGCCAUGCGUCAGCAUAUGAUUUCCCACAAUGUCCCCAAGCUGGCCAUGCCCCGUAUAGGCUGCGGUUUGGACGGCCUCAACUGGAGCAAAGUAAAAGAAAUGGUGUGCCAAAUAUUCCAGUCAGAUGCAGUGGAAAUAGCUGUAUAUAAUUAUGUCGCAACCCAAAAGUAAAUGUCACAAGUCAAAAUAUAACAUUAUUUGCU